AUGCUUCUUCCCAAAGGCGGCGUCAGCUGGAAGGCUGCGAGAGCGAGUCUUCCCCCUACGCGGGCGAUAUGGGUGCUGUUGACCAGAACCCGCUUCCUUCUACUUCUUGCUAUCACUGGCACAAUAAUAUUAUUAUGGCGCGGCAUCAGCUCGUCCGCUCCUCAGAUGAAGAGCUUCUACUGCUGGGGCCCGAACAAACCACCUUCCGAGAUGUCACAGAACGAACAAGCAGCAUGGAACGCCCACCAUCACACGCCAGUAAUCUUUAAUCACCACGCGCCCCUGGUUGUCAACGAGUCCACCAUCGACCACGUCGACCUGAACCCCAUCAAGUCCACCACCAAGGCUGUCCAGAACGAAGAACGAGUUCUCAUUCUCACUCCUCUCAAGGAUGCCGCCCCCUACCUCUCCAAGUAUUUCGAGCUUCUUGCCGAGCUUACAUACCCCCACAAUUUGAUCGAUCUUGGCUUCCUCGUUGGCGACUCUACCGAUGAUACCCUCGCUGUCUUGUCUGCCGAGCUCAACCGUCUCCAGAAGCGCCCCGACAAGUUCCGGAGCGCCAUGAUUGUCGAGAAGGACUUUGGAUUCAAGCUGAGCCAGAGUGUCGAGGAGCGUCAUUCCUUCGAGGCCCAGGGACCCCGGCGCAAGGCCAUGGGCAAGGCCCGCAACUACCUCUUGACCACGGCGCUCAAGCCUGAGCAUUCGUGGGUGUACUGGAGGGAUGUAGAUAUCGUGGACAGCCCCGAGAAGAUUCUCGAGGACUUUAUUGCCCACGAUCGGGACAUUCUCGUUCCCAACAUUUGGUUUCACCGCUACGAGAAUGGCAAGGAUAUUGAAGGAAGAUUUGACUAUAACUCAUGGGUCGAAUCCGACAAGGGCCGCGCGCUUGCCAAGAAGCUGUCUAAGGAUAUUGUUCUGGCUGAGGGUUACAAGCAAUACGAUACCGGCCGUACUUACAUGGCUAGAAUGGGUGACUGGCGCAACAACAAGGAUGAGGAGAUCGAACUUGACGGUAUUGGUGGUGUGAACAUCUUGGUCAAGGCCGACGUUCACAGAUCGGGCAUCAAUUUCCCAUGUUACGCAUUUGAGAACCAAGCCGAGACAGAAGGGUUCGCCAAGAUGGCCAAGGCGGCUGGCUAUGGUGUUUACGGCCUUCCCAACUACGUCGUCUGGCAUAUCGACACCGAAGAGAAGGGCGGUAACGUAUAA